UGCUCCGCGCUCACAGUGACCGCUAGCCAGCAGAGAUGCCUCCCGAACACCGCGACCAAGCCCCCGCUGUCCGGCCCGGGGCCCCCGCUGUCGCGUCGCUCCACUGACCCAAGAUGACAGAGGGGUUCCUGGCGGUGAAACGGCGAGGCUAUGAGUGCUACUUCUCCUGUUUCGCUCGGCGCAGCGUGGCGGAGGCGGCGGGUCGCUUCACAAGUUGUCGGUUAGCAGGACGCGUGUGAGGGAUCGGACUUAAAGGCGCCGCGCACCGGGUCGUGGCCGCGGACAUGGACCAGCAGAGCCUCGACCUGGAGCGGGACCGGCAGGUCUGCGAACUUUGUGGGAAAAUGGAGAACCUCCUGAAGUGUGGCCGCUGCCGGAGCUCCUUCUACUGCAGCAAGGAGCACCAGAAGCAGCACUGGAAGAAGCACAAGCUCAUUUGCAAGGAGGCGGAGAGGAGGGGGCAGCUUCUCGGUCAGAAGCCCGAGCAGCAGGCGCCUCCGCCGCCGCCGCCGCCGCCGCCGCCGCCGCCUCCACCUCCGCCUUCUCCUCCUCCACCGCCGCCGGUGGACAACGAGGCUCCGGAGAAACCCCCGGAGAAGAAGAGCCCCGAGCCGGCGGACAGUGCAUCUUUACCGGAGAAAGCGAACUCAGAGCUGCCCGUGGUAGGAGACAAGCCGGCGGAAGAGGGUUCGAACCCCGCCACACCUAACGGACAGAGCAGCUCGUCCCCGCAGAAACUCGCCGUGGAGUACAUCGUCCCCUGCAUGAACAAGCACGGCAUCUGCGUGGUGGACAACUUUCUAGGCGCAGAGACCGGGCUGGGAAUUCUGGACAAUGUCAAGGCUCUGCACAAAACGGGCAGGUUCACAGACGGACAGUUGGUGAGUCAAAAGAGCGACUCGACCAAAGACAUCCGGGGGGACAAAAUCACGUGGAUAGAGGGGAGGGAAGCCGGCUGUGAGAAGAUCCGCUUUCUCAUGAGUCGCAUGGACGAUGUGAUCAGACACUGUAACGGCAAACUGGGAAACUACACGAUAAAUGGAAGGACGAAAGCAAUGGUGGCGUGUUAUCCUGGAAAUGGGACAGGGUACGUGCGGCAUGUGGAUAACCCUAAUGGCGAUGGACGAUGCGUCACGUGCAUAUAUUACCUUAAUAAAGACUGGAGUGCCAAGGAACACGGAGGCCUUCUUCGAAUCUUCCCAGAAGGAAAGGCCCAAUUUGCCGACAUAGAGCCCAAAUUCGACCGUCUGCUGCUGUUCUGGUCAGACAGACGGAACCCUCACGAGGUUCAGCCCGCCUUCGCCACCAGGUAUGCCAUCACGGUUUGGUAUUUUGAUGCGGACGAGCGCGCCAGAGCUAAAGAAAAGUACUUAACAGGUGCAGGUGAAAAAGGAGUAAAGGUUGAACUCGACAAAUCAUCCGAUCCCAGCUAGUGGGAUCCUUGCGUUCCCCACAAACAACCAUUAAGUGCUCUAUCCUAAGAAAGUGGCCUGUAGAGAGCAUGUGUGUGUGUUUUACAAAGACUGCAGACUUUUUGCUUGAGUGGAUGGAAGAUCUGUGCUCGUGGAGACGUCAAAACCAACACACAGUGAUUUUUCUGUUCAUUUUCAGUAAACUCGGGCAACCCAGUAGACCUUGAAUGUCAUGACAUUGUACUGAAAGGGAUCUUUUUGUCUUUUUCACCUGUGCGGUGGAGAACGCUUACGUUAUAUAGCUGACAUUUUCAGAGCAUCACUUCAAACUGGAGCUCGGAGAGAAUCUACAUCCUUUUUUUGCAUAUACGUUUUUGCAGUUAAUUCCUUAAAGGUACAGUGUUCUGCAUAUGCUUAAUGUGUUAUGCUUUUCACAUGGAAUCAGCUGUUGCAAGAUACUGUAUGGCAAAAUAUGCUUGAGUUUGCAAUAAUACGAGGAAUGAUCUGAAUUAAAAACACCCUUUUAUUGACAGAACAUCAUUUGUCUUAGUUUGAGUUCAUUCAUUUGCCGCAUAGUUAAUGCAAGCCGUGUCAUUUGUCGUCUGACUGUUCCUUCUUAUCCACAUUUGUCAAUAAUCACACAUUGAUCUGUCUGACUUGGGGGUGAAGGACUCUGUUGCCUGUCCUCACCUGCCCUCUGUUUGCACUUUACACAGCUCCAUGCUGCCAUCUGCAGGACACCUACCAUGGUGCACCGUCUGUAAUUUUGUGGCUCUAUGGAUAAAUGAAAAUGAGAUACUUCACAUUCGGAAAACAUAUGUACCAUAUGUAUUUGUAUAAUCAAAAAAAUGUCCCCAACCAGUUUUAUCUUAUCAACACACAUCUGUGAUAAUUAUACUUACAAUUAAUUAGCUGGACUAUUCAAUAAUGAUGAAACCAUUUUAAUAGUAGUUUGAUCAGAUGCUAAGUGACACUGACCAUAAGGUUAUUGUAUAAACAGUUUUAAGUAAUUCCACAGUUUUUUCAGACUUUGAUUCAAUUUCUAAAUUCAUUUAAAAUUUCGUAUAGAUAUCUUUUCCUAGACAAUCACUAAACUCAAACACAGUGAGGAUGUUCCUGUUUUGUAACCAAACAACUGUCUCCUUGCUAAACUUGAAAGAAUGAUCUGCUGUGAAUGUCCAUGGCAGAUAAUGUGAUUAGUGCUCUUAGAAUGAAAACUCAUCAAUAAAAUGGUGAGACCUGAGAAAUGAA